AAACAGGUCAUAUUUAAAAAGCAAAAGUUUCAAUUAUAUUCACUUCUAAUUGAUAAGAGAACUAUUCACAUGUCUAUCUGUUGUUUUAAAAUAGCAAUGUUAUUGAUAUAACAACUCGUGUAACUUAAAAAAAAUCACAUUUAAAUAAAACUAUGGAGUCAUUGUCAAAACAAGAGCUAAUUUCGACAAUAACCAAACAAGCGGACCAAAUUAAAAGAUAUGAGGCCAGGCUUAGAGAUGUUGUUGCUGCAUAUAAAGGUCUCGUUAAAGAAAAAGAGGCCUUAGAAAUCAGCUUAAAAGCUUUGAGUAGAGGUGACAAAGACAGUGGACAAGGUUCAGAUGAUUCUGUGACAACGCUUAUGCAAUCACUUGCCACAUUGUCCGCUGAGAAAUCACGCAUGGAGGAGGCUUUCCAAGCUGACAAGAAAGUUACCAGAGAAAAGUAUGAAAACAUGUUAGCAUCAAUGAGAGAAGAAACAAAAACUCUAGUACAACAACAUCUCGUUGAAGUUAGCAAUUUGAAAGCCAAAAUUGCUUACGAAAUUCAGGAGCGAGAGAACGAGAGGGCCGACCAUGCUGCUAUGAUGAAAGAAUUACAUGCAAAAUUGACAUCAGAAAGGAAAAAUAAAGAGAGAUUAGAGGAUAAAGUUGUUAACACCUCGGAAGCGCAAGCAUCUCAAGCGGAGUUGGAGAAGCGAGUGCGAGACCUGAGCAGCAGUUUGGAGGCAUCUCAGCGGCGGCUGCAGCGUGCAGAGGCUCGCACAGUGGAGACUCCUGCGCUGCUGGUGCGGCUGCAGCAGAAGUUGGCAUUGUUGGAACAGUCACAUUCCAUUGCUAUCAGAGAGGAACAAAUAAAAGCGAAACGCGCAGAAGAAUCUGCGAGAAAGAUCUGCGCUCGUCAAGAAGAGAGAGUGGCUCUGCUAGAGGGCAAGCUAGCGGAAUUGUCACAGACCAUAGGGGAGUACGACUUGAGACGGAGAAAAGACCAGCAGACCAUACAGCAGUUAAAAGAAUCGCUUAAUGGCAGUCUUCUGGAUAAAAUGGCUACCAGACGUGAUGAAACACAACAGAAAAGUGAGACUGAUAAUGAAAAAUUAGCGGACAGUGAAUAUUUGCAGACAUUGAUUGAUAAAAUUCAUAUAUUAAAGAAAGAAUUGAUUGCCGAAAAUAUUAAAUUAGGCAAUCCAGUUGAUAUUACCACUGUUUUCAAAGUAGAUGGAUACGAUAAUGUACAUGAUAAAUGUAAAGAAGAAUUGGAGAAAUUGAAGUUAGACUUCGAAAAUUAUAAAACACAAAAUAUUAAGAGAAGUCAUGAUGAUGAUGUUACUGAGGUAGAUGAUUUGAAGACAGAGAUAGUGGUGCUGAAGGAGAAAGUGGAGACUUUCAAGUUGAUGUGGGAAGAAGAGAAGCAAGAUAAAGAGGAUUCGCUCAAGUUGUAUGAAGAGAAGUUAAAGAGUGAGAGAGAAUACCACAAAGAGGUGACAUCGGAGCUGAAGAGCCGAGUGCAGACGUUGGAGAGACAGACGCAGGCGCAGAGAGAACGGUACGCGACGUUGUUGGAGGAGACGGACACGUACAUGCGCACGCGCAGCGAACGCGCACGAAAACUUAGCAGUGAAGAACUUCUCAAAGAAGGACAUGGAAUGCUUAAUGAGGGCAGUGCUCCACCUCACAUGCUGCACUACGCGCACGAGCUGGCCCGCAAAGACCUGGACAUCACUCAGCUGCGCAAAGAGAAGCACCUCCUCGAGGGACAUUACAGAGACUGUCAGCGUGAUGCGACAAUUGAGAAGGAACGUUUUAAAGAAGUCAUAAGAACAUUAAAGGAAGAGAUUGACAGAUUGUGUCGCAUUCAGUCGCGGGAGGGCGCUAAUUUGGAAUAUCUAAAGAAUGUAGUGAUGGCGUAUUUGUUGUCACGUGAUGCUGCGGGACGCAGACAUAUGGUGAACGCAAUCGCUGCCGUGCUACAUCUCACACCCGCCGAGACUGCUGCCGUGCUCGCCACACUGUGACACACAGGCACACAGACAAACAGACACACAGACAAACAGACACAGAGACAAACAGACACACAGACAAAGUGGGGGGCACUAAACGACAGGCAGAUGACCUUGAGCCGAUAAAAAGAUUGUAACAGUUUACACAAGUUGUUGGAUGGGGGGGGGGGGGGUUAAAUGUAACUGUUAGCUCCAAGAUGUUGGACUUUCCCCCUUCAAAUGGUUAGACCAGUGAUUGUCAAACUUAUUUCUUUCGCCGCCCCCUUUGAAAAGCAAUUAUAUUUCA